AUGAAAAUGAGUACGUUUUGGAGUGAGUUUCUGAACGCGGCGGCGAAUCACCCUUUUCCAUCGAUGCCUAUUGAUUUGCUGUCGCCUUUCGAUCUUCAAACAAAUGAAGAAUUUUUCCCGAAUGUGCCGGCCGCGCCGGGCAUGCCAUGCGCGGGUGAAGACAGAAGCAUAUACAGAAGAGGCGCUCGACGGUGGCGGAAGCUAUACCGCGUCAAUGGACACAUCUUCCAGGCGAAGCGAUUUAACAGACGCGCCUUCUGUGCCUUCUGCCAGGACCGUAUUUGGGGCCUGGGCCGGCAAGGGUUCAAGUGCAUCCAGUGCAAGUUGCUGGUGCACAAGAAGUGCCACAAGCUCGUGCAGAAGCCGUGCUCCAACGAACAUGUGGACCCCAUCGAGGUCAAGGAUGAUGCCAACGGGGAAAGCACGCUGGGACGAGCGUCUUCUGUUAGGUCUCGCGCUGAAAUCGAACCCCCGCUGCCGGAGACGCCGCCGGCCCCUGCGCCGGCGCCGCCUCGCGCGGACGAGCUGGAGCCUGGCUCACAGAGACAGUACUCUCUCGAUGACUUCGAGCUCAUCAGGGUCAUUGGACGAGGUUCUUAUGCUAAGGUGCUGAUGGUGGAACUGAAGCGCACAAAACGCGUGUACGCAAUGAAGGUGAUCAAGAAGGCGCUGGUGACGGACGACGAGGACAUCGACUGGGUGCAGACUGAGAAGCAUGUCUUCGAGACUGCCUCCAACCAUCCAUUCCUCGUCGGGCUACACUCCUGCUUCCAAACCCCAAGCCGACUGUUCUUUGUCAUUGAGUUCGUUAGAGGCGGGGAUCUCAUGUUCCACAUGCAGCGCCAACGAAGGCUGCCGGAGGAGCACGCGCGGUUCUACGCGGCCGAGAUAUCGCUCGCGCUGCACUUCCUGCACGAGCGCGGCGUCAUAUACAGGGACCUCAAGCUCGACAACGUACUACUCGACCACGAGGGACAUAUUAAACUCACUGACUAUGGAAUGUGCAAGGAAGGCGUCCGUCCCGGCGACACGACGUCCACGUUCUGCGGCACUCCGAACUACAUCGCGCCCGAGAUCCUGCGCGGCGAGGAGUAUGGCUUCUCCGUGGACUGGUGGGCGCUGGGCGUGCUCACGUACGAGAUGUUGGCCGGACGCUCGCCCUUCGACAUCGCACAGGCGGCUGACAACCCUGACCAAAACACUGAGGAUUAUUUGUUCCAGGUAAUCCUAGAGAAGACGAUCCGUAUCCCUCGUUCGCUGUCAGUGAAGGCCGCGUCAGUACUGAAGGGGUUCCUCAACAAGAACCCGGUGGAACGACUCGGCUGCGGGGAGAACGGGUUCCUCGACAUCGUCUCACAUCCGUUCUUCAAGAGCAUCGAGUGGGAGAUGUUGGAGCAGAAGCAGGUGGUGCCUCCAUUCAAGCCGCGCCUGGAGGGUGAGCGCGACCUCGCCAACUUCCCGCCGGAGUUCACUGACGAGCCGGUGCAUCUCACGCCUGAUAAUGAUACGGUGAUCGCGGACAUCGACCAGUCGGAGUUCGAGGGCUUCGAGUACGUCAACCCGCUCCUCAUGUCGCUCGAGGACUGCGUGUGA